AUGAAAAACUUUUUAUGGGAGAAGGAUAUUGAUGAACGCAAUCGCACUCUUACGGAUGACGAGCUGGAUGCAUUGUUUCCUCCGGGAUACAAGAUCCUCCCUCCACCUGCGGGUUACAUGCCUUUGAGGACUCCUUCACGGAAACUCAUGGCAACACCUACCCCGCUCGGUGGUCUUGCGGCAGGUGGAUUUUUCAUGCAAGGAACACCUGAACGUGAAGGACUCGGUGACAGAGGUGUUGGUGGGAUUCUCGACACGCAACCAAAAAAUCAGGAUCUUCCCCCGCUAAAGCCUGACGACAUGCAAUACUUCGACAAGCUGCUGAUGGACGUGGAUGAAAGCACCUUAACGAAAGAAGAGUUGAAUGAACGUGAAAUCAUGACACAUCUGCUGAAAAUCAAGAACGGUUUACCACCGCAGAGAAAGAGUGGUCUCAGAAAGAUUACCGAAAAUGCUAGGAAAUAUGGCGCGGGACCGCUGUUCAAUCAGAUCCUUCCGCUCUUGAUGUCACCGUCUUUAGAGGAUCAAGAACGCCAUUUGAUGGUGAAGGUAAUCGAUCGUAUACUCUACAAGUUAGAUGAUCUCGUUCGUCCAUACGUUCACAAAAUUCUUGUGGUGAUUGAGCCUCUCCUUAUUGACGAAGAUUAUUAUGCAAGAGUUGAAGGUCGUGAAAUUAUAUCAAAUUUGGCGAAAGCUGCUGGCUUGGCAACUAUGAUCUCCACAAUGAGACCGGAUAUCGACAACGUUGACGAGUAUGUACGAAACACAACUGCUCGUGCUUUUGCUGUGGUCGCAUCCGCACUCGGUAUACCAGCACUACUUCCUUUCUUGAAAGCUGUGCGUACAAUCACAGCUUUAUGUCUUGCCGCUCUUGCCGAAGCUGCUACACCUUAUGGUAUCGAAGCUUUCGACUCCGUGCUGAAACCGCUGUGGAAGGGUAUUCGUAUGCCGUGGUAA